GAAGCAUCUAGGAUAUAUACGCACAGAAGCCGCCUAGCUAGAUGAUUGAACAAAUUCUUAUACGGAUUGUCUCUGUUGAAUUGAAUUCCCAAUAGCUCAUGCUACCCUACGUACACUCUAGAAACAGAUGCCAAAAGUUGACUGAAUAUUGUAUAUAUUGCAAACUCCCUCCAUCAACUAACAUCAUUAGGCACAGCCAGAUGGACAAUGACAUAGAACAAGCUAAUGGUGUUUUGGGCAAAGAGAUCACAUGCACUGCUGCUGUGGCUUGGGGUCCUGGAAAACCUUUCUCCAUACAACAAAUUCGUGUCCAACCACCUCAGAAGUUGGAAGUCCGAAUCAAAAUCUUGUACACUUCAGUUUGCCAUACUGAUCUUAGUGCAUGGCAGGGCCAGAAUGAAUCACAACGAGUGUAUCCUCGUAUUUUUGGACAUGAAGCCUCCGGGGUGGUAGAGUGUAUAGGCGAGGGUGUGCAGGAUAUGAAGGAAGGAGAUCAUGUUCUUACUAUCUUCAAUGGCGAGUGUCGUAAAUGUGCUUAUUGCAAGUCUGAAAGCACCAAUCUAUGUGAAAAGUUUCGUGUGGAUCCAUUACGAAGCGUGAUGAGGAAUGAUGAGAAGACCAGGUUCUCAACACAAGACGGGAAACCCAUUUACCAUUUUCUCAACACAUCCACUUUUAGCGAGUACACAGUCAUGGAAUCGGCAUGUGUUGUCAAGAUCAAUCCAAAAACUCCCCUUGACAAGAUGACUUUACUUAGUUGUUGUCUGUCCACAGGAUUUGGAGCUGUAACCAAUACUGCCAACGUUCAACACGGUUCAACAGUCGCAGUCUUUGGUUUGGGUGCCGUGGGACUGGCGGUCAUACAAGGGGCCAAAACAAGAGGAGCAUCUAAAAUCAUAGGAGUCGACAUUAAUGCGGACAAGCAUAUCAAAGGUCAAACGAUGGGAAUGACACAUUUUAUAAACCCGAGGGAUCUUAAAGUGUCGACACAUGAGAAAAUAAGGGAAAUAACUGAAGGAGGGGUAGACUUCAGCUUCGAGUGUGCAGGAAAUCUUGAUGUUCUUCGCGAAGCCUUCUUGUCGACCCAUGACGGAUGGGGACUAACAAUAGUAUUGGGGAUUCAUCUAACACCAAGAAUGUUGCCAUUGCAUCCAAUGGAGCUGUUUGAUGGACGAAGAAUCACAGGAUCAGUGUUCGGUGGUUUCAAAGGGAAAUCCCAACUCGCUCUCUUUGCUGACCAGUGUAUGCAUCAGGAUGGGAUAAAGUUGGAAGAGUUUAUUACCCACGAGCUUCCCUUUAACAACAUCGACCAUGCUUUCCAACUAUUAGUUCUUGGAAAAUCAAUACGAUGUUUGCUUCAUCUAUAAGACUAUAAAUCAAAAGAAAAAUAAGUGAUUCAUUAACGUAUGGUUGUAAGCUUUUCAAUGAACUUGCAAGUAUGUGGGUCAAAUCUUUUUUUUUUUUAUCGAUUUAGGGUUGUUUGUUUUAUUUUCCGAUGGAUCAUAUAAUUUGAAAACCAUUUCUUUCUAAAGUUUAAACUGGGACUCAUUAGAACCAUUUGAAAAACAACAAGAUUUAAAUAUCUAAAAUAUGUAUUUGUUCGUUUCCUUAGAAAUCACGUAGAUAGAUUCAGGUCUACAAUAAUUAAAAAUGGUGGUGGAAUAGAAUAUUACGAGGGAAUGAAAAAAUCAUGUUUCUUUGCUACGAAGAGAUGUAAUGAAGGAGUUCUCAUGGAAUGUUAUUCUUCUACUCGUUUUUUAUUCUUUUUUUAGAACAUCAACGGUUAUUGAAUGAAGUUGGCGAGUAGCUAAUAGUUACAAAGGCAUUAAACAUUGAGACUUUGGGCAUCUAAGCCAUCUAUUCCAAUCAAUACAAGAACCUCUCCCGACUCUUUUAAGUCAAUUAAGGGCCAAUCUUGGGAUGCUAAUAGUUAUCCGCAUUCCCACCAUUUUCAAUCUUGGGAUGCAUGGAUGUGUGAUGAUCUAAGUUCACCAUUUGUGGGACUGAGACGUCAUCAGUGGAAAAGUCACUCCACCUCGUUUUGUAUUAUGUGUAGGAAGAGUUUAUUUUUCAUUUCUUU